UGUAAACACGGAAGUUACGUUGCUUCAGUGCUCUGUUGUCAUGUGCUGACGACAAUUUUGGGCAGCUAGCUAUAACAAAAGUUUCCCAAGAGUGUUUUAACACGAUUACCAAUUACCAGUUGGGUCUUAAAUUUGUAUCCAUGCCGAGAGAGAAAAAGAAUAUGACAACAAAUUUGGCUGUUAAACCACGAAUGCAAGGAAGCUAGUGUUAGCUAGAGACCGUUAGCUUAGCAUUUUCUUUAAGGAAUGGCAGAUAAAAAAGAGAAAACAUUUAGGUUUGUAAUUGUGGGAGGUGGAAUCGCGGGUGUGACAUGUGUUGAGCUGCUGUCAUCCCAGAUUCCGUCAGCUGACGUCGCUCUGAUCACAGCAGGUCCCCAUAUCAAGGCAGUGACCAACUAUAAACAGGUGUCCAAAACAUUGGAAGAGUUUGAUGUGGAGGAGAAACCAUCCAGCGUUUUGGAAGAUAAAUUUCCCAACCUGACUGUCAUCCACUCUGCUGUCAAAUCACUUUACAUUCAAUCACAUUCGGUGGAAACUGUAGAUGGACGGGUUUUUGGUUAUGAGAAGCUGUGUAUCUGCAGUGGGGCCAGACCUAAACUCCUAACCCAGGAUAACCCUUAUGUGGUGGGGAUACGGGACACAGACAGCGCCCAGGAGUUUCAGAGGCAGCUAUCCAAAGCAAAGAGAAUUGUUGUUGUUGGCAAUGGAGGGAUUGCCCUGGAAUUAGUCUAUGAGGUGGAGGGCUGUGAGGUGGUCUGGGCUGUGAAGGACAAAGCUAUAGGAAACACCUUCUUUGACGCCGGGGCAGCACAGUUCCUUAUCCCAUUCCUGGAGGCUGACAAACCAGAAAGAGCUGCUCCCUGUAAGAGAACCCGCUACACCACUGAGCAACCAGCACCUGGAGCAUCCCAGACCUUCAAAGCAGACAGAAACGCACGAGGGCAUGGUUCUACUGCCACAGAGUCUGGCAGCGCCCUUGGUCCAGACUGGCAUGAAGGGAUAGUUUUACAAGGAGCAGAGCAGGUUCCCCGCAGGGUUUCAGUGGAAUACCAGUGUGAGGUGGAAAAGAUCUCCACCUCUGAGGAUCUGCUCAAUUCCCCACAGCAAACACUCAGACCUGAGAAUGUAGGAUCCUGGCCAGUGUACGUCCAGCUGACCAAUGGCAAGACGUUUGGCUGUGACCUCGUUGUCAGUGCCACCGGCGUCGUGCCAAACACUGAGCCAUUUCUCCAUGGCAACAAGUUUGCACUGGCAGAUGACGGCGGCCUGCAGGUAGACGACCACAUGAUGACUUCGGAGCCAGAUGUUUAUGCUGCAGGGGAUGUGUGCACUGCAUGCUGGGAACACAGCCCACUGUGGCAGCAGAUGCGUUUGUGGACGCAGGCCCGUCAGAUGGGCUGGUACGCCGGCCGCUGCAUGGCGGCACACGACCUGUCAGAACCGAUAGAACUGGACUUCUGCUUUGAACUCUUCUCACACAUUACCAAAUUCUUCAGCUACAAGGUUGUCCUACUGGGGAAGUUUAACGGGCAGGGGCUGGGGCCCGAUCAUGAGCUGCUAUUGCGCUGUACUAAAGGCCAGGAGUAUGUCAAGGUCGUCCUCAGUGGAGGUAGGAUGGUGGGAGCAGUGCUGAUUGGGGAAACAGACCUGGAGGAGACCUUUGAGAACCUGAUCCUCAACCAGAUGGAUCUGACCCGGUAUGGAGAAGACCUGCUCAACCCAGACAUUGAUAUAGAGGACUACUUCGAUUGAGCGUGCCUGAAGAAUUUCUAAAGGCAUGAGAAGGAAUCGUGCAUUCUGUAGUGUCCAAGCUAAUGGGCAUGUCUUUUGCCACUAUCUUGGUUCUAAUGCACUUGCACAUUUAAGAAUAUAUUAUAAGGAUAUAUUUUUGUUUUAAAUAAAUUAUUUUCGAAACCAAGUUCACUAAAUUAGUACUUGUAAGUGCGAGUGAUAUGUUUAGAAAAUGCUUUUGAAUGCAAAUCCAUCACUUUAUAAACUUCAGUGAGAAACACUUGCAGGUAUGAGAUUUUUAACUCAGAAGAAUGAGGUAUGUUCAGCAAUACUUGGUGGUAAAAAAAAAAAAAAAAGAAACUCUGUUUCUAUGUUGUCUUAGAGACACUCUCUCAAAUUUCUACCUAAACAGCAACUACAGCUCCUCCUGUGCUACUCCUGUAACAAUAGACAUUUUCAAGCUUGCACAAUGCUGUCUAUUGUUCCUUGGAUAUAUGGCUCUUGGAGAUGUUGCUAUUUGAAAAUCCACAUUUGAAAGGACAAGAAACAUUAGAAGUAAAGUGGAAAGAUACUUGCUGUACCACUUGUUGGUUUGCGUCAUGUAUUGUACAUGUUUUUAGGUCAGUGUUCCACCAACAGGAACCUGCCCACAUCAAUGUAUCUGUUCCCAUUUGUGUAUAGGGUUUAGAUGGCAACCUUGUGUUUUUACUCACUGCAUUAUGUAAAACCAGUAAAGAUUAACUUGUGUACGCAACAAUAAUUGUGUAAUAAGCCAAAAUGCCUACUAGUAAUGAGGAGCAAAUUGUUCCAGUACUUUCCCCAAAUUUACAACUGUGGAAAUAAAUCAUGAGUCUCCAAAAGACACUGAAGAAAUAAAGGGCAAUGAACAUGAA